UAAAAGUUUCAUGAAAUUCGAAAUCCUUACUGAAGUUAAAAGUUCUACCAAAAGUCAAAAGUCUCACCAAAAGUCUCACCGAGAGUCAAAAGUUCUAAUGAAAGUUGAAAGUUUUAUUAAAUUUAAGUUGCUGAAAGUUAAAAGUCUUACUAAAAUUCAAAACUCACUGAAAUCAAAAGUCUCACCGAAAUUUGAAACUUACCGAAAAUUGAAAGUCUCACUGAAAUUCGAAAUCCUUACUGAAAUUCAAAAUCUUCACCAAAAGUCGAAAGUUCUACCAAAAGUUGAAAGUCUCACUAUAAUUCAAAACUCUUAUCAAAAAUCAAAAAUCACACUAGUU